GCGCGGCCGCGCGGAGCUCAACCUGUUCAGAGGUGGAGAAGCCAUCCAGCCUGGCGCGGAGGUGGCCGACGUGGAGUGCCCAAUUGUAGCCGCAGAUGCAGUCGUGCAGCGUGGCAACAGCUUUCUCCAUAGCUCCGCAGGUCACUGGGUCUUCAAUGGCGCCAUCGAGCCCCCUGGCGGGGCUGAGCUCGUGCCUGUGCGACGCCGCGAGGACGACUGUUGCCUGGAGUUCGACCAUGUCUUUGCUGGCGGGAACAACGAGCCAGGCGUCUUGCAGAUGGCACCGGCGAAGGAGGCGCUGGCUGCCGAGAAAGGGCCAGCAGCGGCGAACGCCAGCUAUGCAGCGGGAGCCUCCGCGCCGCAGGCUGCGGGCCAGCCGGCAGUUGAGCCGCGGCUCAGGGCGAUGCACUUGCGCCGCCUGGCCCGGGAGUGGCAGGAGAUCGCGCGGGGGCAGAGCCCGGAGGGCGCAUGGGUGACUUUCCACGGGCCGCCGCAGGAGAUGAGCGGCAGAAG